AUGGGACAAAAAAUACAUCCGCUUGGUUUCAGACUUGGUACAACUCAAAGUCAUGAUUCUAUUUGGUUUGCACAACCAAGAAACUAUUCCGAGAAUCUAAAAGAAGAUAAAAUUAUACGAGAUUGUAUCAAGAAUUAUAUACAAAAAACGAUAAGAAUAUCCUCUGGUGUCGAGGGAAUUGGACGAAUAAAGAUAAAAAAAAGAAUCGAUCUGAUUCAAGUCAUAAUCUAUAUGGGACUUCCAAAGUUAUUACUAGAGGGUAAGCCUCGAAGAAUCGAAGAAUUACAGAUCAAUGUGAAAAAAAAAUUGAAUUGUGUGAACCGAAAAAUCAACAUUGCAAUUACAAGAAUUCCAAAUGCUUAUAGAGACCCGAAUAUUCUUGCAGAAUUUAUAGCCGGACAAUUAAAGAAUAGAAUUUCGUUUCGUAAAGCAAUCAAAAAAGCUAUUGAAUUAGCUGAACAGGCAGGUACAAAAGGAAUUCAAGUACAAAUUGCGGGACGUAUCGACGGAAAAGAAAUUGCACGUGUGGAAUGGAUCAGAGAAGGUAGGGUUCCUCUACAAACCAUUCGAGCUAAAAUUGAUUAUUGUUCUUAUCCAGUUCGAACUAUUUAUGGAGUAUUAGGAAUCAAAGUUUGGAUAUUUCUAAACAAAGAAUAG